UUGCUGCUAGGAUGACAGUGUUGUUUACAUUCGGUUAACAGAUGGUGCCUUCAGUACAUUUUAACUGCUGAUAAGUUCUCACCAAAAACUAGUUUUCUGCUGAAUACUCACAGAUCUAUACUCUACAGUCAUGGAGGAAAAUCGAAAUAAAGCAAAAGAAGCUGCUUCAUCAAACAAAUAUGUGGUAUUUCGGAUGCCAGCAGAAUGGACUACUCUGCCUGUGAUGGCUGGUCCUCAGCCUCCUCACACCUGUGCUGGUGUUGCAAUGUAUUCAAAGAGAAAGAUGAACAAGGACCUGGUUUAUGAAGGCUACAUUUGUCCACUUACUCCUGGAGAGACGCCCCUGUCAGUGCUGCUGCCACCACCCAGACAGGAGAGCACCUCAGUAGACCAAAGGAGCAGCGCAACAGAUUCAGCAACGAUUAGCGAAUCAGAGCGCAGAGUUGUCAAUGUCCAGCUGUCCAUCACGCUCCAGCGAGGAGAUGGAGCCGCUGGAUCCAAACCACAGAAGACAGCAACUGGAUCCAAAUCACAGAGCACAGCAACUGGAUCCAAACCACAGACCAAAGUCACUGGAUCCAAGCUGCAGAUGACAGCAGCUGGAUCCAAACCAUCGAUGAAAGUAACUGGAUCCAAAGCACCGAUGACAGCAACUGGAUCCAAACCAAGGAUGACAGAAACUGGAUCCAAAGCAUCGAUGAAAGAAACUGGAUCCAAACCAGGGAUGGCAGAAACUGGAUCCAAAGCACUGAUCAAAGUAACUGGAUCCAAAGCACCGAUGACAGCAACUGUAUCCAAACCAGGGAUGACAGAGACUGGAUCCAAAGCGCCAAUAAAAGUAACUGGAUCCAAAGCACCGAUGAAAGUAACUGGAUCCAAAGCACCGAUGAAAGUAACUGUAUCCAAACCAGCGAUGAAAGUAACUGGAUCCAAACCACAGACGACAGAGGUGGAUCCAACCACCAGUAAAUCCGACAUAGAUCAUCCAGAAUAUCCCCUUCCUGAAGAAAUCCUGGAUGGAAGAGUGGUUUCACUCCCGGUCACACCUGGAGGCUGGACAGAUGAGUCCCUGUGUGAUUUGGAUUUAUGGCAGGACACAGACGAAGACACAGACUAAAUGUUUUGAUUUAAUCUCCUCUGUCGGCUAAAUCAGUUCAGCCAGCGUAAAGUCUGUGAACAUUAAAUCAUUUGCGAUUAAAUUUGA